AUGAAAAAAUGGGGCAACCUGAAAAUUGUAAAAAAUAUUAUAUAAUGAGUACGCCAGAAAACUACAAAUGAAGCAGAAUCUCGUAAAACAUCAAACCUCAAAUCUAGAACUCCAUUGAAUGAUCCCUGUAAUCCCAAUCAUCUUAGACAUCAAAUCAAAGAGUAUUUUCCAAAUCAAUAAUACUCUCUCCAUAUUCCGUGUACUCAAAAUACAUCAACUCAAAUUACCUAACCCAACGAUAAGUCUCCUCCGAAUUCUAAACUUAUAAGUGUAGUUGAUGCCUGUAAAAACUUGAUCUAAUUUAGUAUCUCUACUUUAAAAAGACGAAAUUUACCCUACAAGUAGACCAAAUAAUCGUGCAUUGAAUACUAAAUAAAUAAAUAAUAUCUUAACAUAGGAUUAAGUUCCUCGUGAUUGUGUUCGUAAAUAAAUUUCUAUUAGUUCAAAGGUUUAUACACUCAACUCCAAAAACCCUAGCCUAUCAUUUAAAUGAACACAUAACAUAACUCCCCGAAGAAAAGUCUAAAAACCAGUCCAGAUACUAAGUACCCUAUCAAUUCGGAGACAUUCAAAAAUCGUCUAUCACGCAAAAUACCUGGAAAUCUUUUUGAAAGACUUGACUAAAUUCGAUAAAUUACCUCCGAUUCUGUUAGAUAUAGAAUUUCAAACCUUAAGUAGAAUUUCGGAAGGAAUAUGUAAUAGAAACAUUAUAAGGUCAAUAAUUUAACAAUUACAAAUUAAGAUAAUUUUAAAGAAGAUAUUGAGUCCAAAUCUAUUAACAGACCUAAACCAAAAUUACCUUAGACAUCUCAGGUUGUCCUAGAAUAUUAUUAAUCUCAAUUGGCAGAUUUUGAACAGAAUGAGAUUAAGGAGAUUGAUACUAUUUAUUAUCUUAGACCUGAAACAAUCACACUACCCUAAGAAACUUAAUAAUAUAUUAAUACUUUUGAUACAAAAGAGUAUCAUUCUAUUUUAAUAUGUAGGGGUGAUUAUAUAUUUAGAUAAUAUGAUCAUAUAAUGUAUCGUUAUGAGAUGAUAGAAAAAUUGGGACAUGGCAGUUUCGGAUAAGUUUUUAAAGUAAUGGAUCAUAAGCAAAACUAAAAUGUUGCUAUCAAAAUCAUCAAAAAUGAUGAAAAAUUGUAAGAUUAGGCAUUUACUGAAAUUGAAAUCUUGAAAGUAGUCAAUAGAGCUGAUAGUAGUUGUUGUUUGGUAAAAAUGCUUAGUCAUUUUAUUUUUCGAAAUCAUGUAGUAUGAUAAUCAUUAUUAUUAGAGUGCAUCGUUUUUGAAUUAUUGAGUUGUAGUCUUUAUGAAUUUAUAGCAUGCAAUGAUUUCUAAGGAUUUGAACUUGAUUUGAUCAGAAGAUUUGCUGUUCAAAUAUUAUAAGCACUUAUGUAUUUAUCAGAAUGCAAUAUUAUCCAUUGCGAUCUCAAACCUGAAAACAUUCUACUAAAGGACUUAUUGAAAUCUGGAAUCAAAAUAAUCGAUUUUGGAUCAAGUUGUUUUAUAAAUUCUAAAUUAUACACUUACGUUUAAGUAAAUUCUCAUCUAAUAUGAUUUAUACAGAGUAGAUUUUACAGAGCACCUGAAAUUAUACUUGGUAUACCCUAUACAACUGCAAUUGACAUGUGGAGUUUUGGUUGUAUUGUUGCUGAACUGUGUCUUGGCAAUUCAUUAUUUCAAUCAAAAAAUGAAAAGCAAUUGUUGUUUCUACAAGUAGCUAUUCUUGGAUCUCCUACUAGCCAAUUUCUAGAUUCUUGUCCUAAAAAACAUAAAUUUUUCAAUGCCAAUUAUGAACUUCUGGCUCAAAUCAAAGAAUCUGACUUAAUAAUUUCACAUAAACCUUUGAAAGAACUUCUCUAAGCAUAAUCACCCACCUUUUAUGACGUAACUUCAUAGCUUAUAUAGAUAAGUUCAUUAGUAAAUGCUUGUCAUGGGAUCCUAAAUUGAGAAUGAAACCAUCUGAAGCUUUAUUACACCCAUGGAUUAUCGAAGGCUUACCAAAAGAAAUUAAGUAAUUAUAUUUCUAAGUAUAUACCAGAAAAUAACACAUCUAAAGGAUGAAGGUUUACUCAAAAUAAAAGAAUAUAGAUUUAUAGGGUUAAGCCAAACAAAUUAAAUGAACAAUAUCUGAA